AUGAACGGCUUCAGCUUCGUCGCGACUGCUGGUCUACUGCUACUCAGCUGCAUUCCGGCGGUGCUUGCAGCUGCAGAGUGCUCGUCAGCUGUGAACGACUCCAUCACGGCCACAAUCGACAACGGGCCGCUCGUCAGCUCGUGUGCGAGUGUGCGGCUCGACGUCAACUCGCUGUUCGACGUGCUCAGAUUUUCUCCGCGUGAUUUCCUCCUCUUCUGCCGAGCCCCGAGCUGCGCCAAACCAGUGAGGUCGCUGCUCAACUCCAUUCCGACGGACUGCCUUAUCAACUACCAUGGAUCGGCGCGCAACCUGUCCGCUGAAGUCUCGAGUUUGUACCGCGAGUGUGCUAAGGUCGUCGGCGCAGCGGACCAGACUGACGAGGACUACGUCUACAGAUAUUUCCUGGACUAG